GUGCUUUCCCACCCGCACUCCACUUGCCCACCACUCCACUCCUCUGCAAAACAUGCAGGCCGCCUAAUCUCCGAUGCACAUCCAGAUCUUAGCUCCUCCCCAAAUCAAGCUCAUCAUUUCCAUUGUGAAAGUAACCACUCAGUCGGCAGCAGUCCAUACUCCAUAGACACGAGUUGUGCUUGUGCGUGCGCGAUCGAGCUCAGUGCCUCUGCGCAUGCAAGACAUGGCCGGCUCUGACGGCAUGCAGACGAUGCAGCUCCCGCCGCUCCGUGACCUCUCGCGACGGGCCGUCUCCUUCCUGCGCAUGGCGCGGCUGGCGCUCACCGGCGCCGCCACUCCGGCACAACUGCUCGCCGGAGAGGAGGUCGUCGAUGGCAUCAGCUGCAACCCGUACUACAAGAGGGUCAGCACGGAGGACGACUGGGAAUCUGAGCUCUGGCCGGAGGAGGACGAAUCGGAGGAGCUGCUCGUGGACGACGACGAGGACGGGUCAACGACGAGAGGUGCGUCUGAUCUGGUCGGAGGCGGUGUCGUCGGUGGUCCGCUGAACAAGAAGGCUCAGUUCAGGCAUCAGUCUACUGCAACACCCGGCGCACAUGUAACGGCGGCGGAGCCGGAGGAGCCAUCGGAGCCGUUGAUGACGCGCCGAGCCACGAAGCGGGUGAACGAUGCCGCCGUGGCGGUUGAUCACCCGUUCGGAUGCGAUCGUCAAGGCAGGGAAUCAUCGUCGCUGUUGCUUGUUUCUUCCUAGCUAGUCUCAUCGAUCUGACUGAAGAAAAAUAACCACCUAGUUGUGUUACUUUUCUUUUUUGAACUUGCGUGAUGGGAGAAGCGAAACAAUGCUUCUUACUACUAGCCUAGUUUAUUUUCACAAAAACUCAAAUGUUGUGCAUGUCACUACUAUUAUUAAUUUCUAGCCAUAGGUGAUCAUAUAAGUGCAUCCGCAAUGGGCGUUUCUAUUUCAAUUCCAUACAUUACUAAUUCGUGUAAGAUAGGAUGAUCCAGUGUCAUACAUAUUUAAAUCUAUGAAGAAGCCGCUCUAUGGAUCCCUCUCC